CUUCCGGUAGAAACAGCACUUAUAAUUCACCAGCAAAAUGUUCCUCUUCGCUUUGGUGCUUGGAGUGCUGUUUCUACCGGAAGUUAACAACCUGCAAUGUUAUGAAUGUUUGUCGAAUCCCAAUAAAAAUUGCAACGAGAGUACAGUUUCAUGCCACCCAUAUGAAACUGUUUGUGUAUCAUCAACACAAGUCGAAAUUAAAGAUGGCAGAGUCUUUUCUGUUUGGAACCUCAAACACUGCAUGUCGUCUCCAUGGUGUGUUGAAACCUCCAUCCACUACGGAAAUUACAGAGAAGUGAGAAAUGUCACUUGCUGCAAAGAAAACCUAUGCAACACUCGAAUACCUGAUUACAUGUCCACUGCAAAUGGAAAGAAGUGUUACACGUGUGAGGGAGAAAACUGCAGGAAAACUCUUAACUGUGAAGGGGAUGAAAACUACUGUUUCACAUUUUCAGGCAAGAGCCCAAUAGUGUUGCAUGCUUCAUAUUUAUCCUCAGAAGACCAGAUCCAAACCUGCUACUCAUAUGGUAACUUUAUCUUCAUUUUCUCAAUGAAUGUAGGAAAAGAUAAUGUGACGCUGGGAUGUACCUCCAAGCAGAUGUGCCCAGACCCCCCACCUUCAAAGGGGGAUAGUACCUACGAAAAAAUGAUGAAGUGCUGCCAGGGCGACUACUGCAACAGCGUCAGUAGAGUCAGUCCCGCCCUGCUCCUUUUGAUGCCGCUGUUGUUUUCUAACUUAUUGCUGGCAAGUUUUAAUUUCUAUCCAUAAUUCAUUUAAUAAAUCUGCUUUUUCUUUGA